AUGGAUCUCAGGGGCAUGCUGAACGAUAAUGUCCCUUCCGCAGGAGCCCCGAACAAACCGCCACAGCUGCAACAACAUGCGCAGCAACCCGCGCCGCCGUCGACUCCGGUGCAGGCAAAUCCACAGCAGUCUUUUCGCGACUACAGCCAAACUCAACCGUCUCCUGGGCGGCAUAUCUCCCACGACUAUGGCGCGCACCAUAUGCCCUCUGGCCCAUUCGCAUCCCCGCCCCCCUUUCAGGCUCCUCCGACUUCCUACGCCAACCGCCCGCCGCCACCGCAGCUCCAGCAAAUCCCAACGAACGAUCUCCGAUCGCCGGGCCUCGGCCCUGGGUCGGUAGCCUCUCCGUACCGACAAACUCCAACUGCCUCGCUGAGCAGCGCCGGUGGCUAUCCCUUCCCGCCGCAGCAAAAUCCCACGAGCCCCGUGCAGCGACACCAGUACCCGCCGACGGCCUCAUACCACCGAGACAGCUAUCCCCAGCCCGCGGCUGCCGUGGGUAUGACAGGCCCGCCGGCCGCCGGCCCGUACAUGCAAGGGUCUCACAUUCCCCAAACUCCACCGAUCGCGACCCCAGGCACGGGGCAUUCUUUUUUGCAUCGGGCUCAAUCGAUGCAGUCUACACCAACGCCAACAUCGGCACACAGCCAAUCGGCACAUUACGGCGCGCCUUUCGCCCAGGGGAGUCCCGUGGCAGCACCGCGUCCUCUUCAACAAGCGGACCCCUACCAACGUCAAUCCUCACAACCACCGACACCUGGGGGAACGGUCCCGUUGUCCGCUCGUCCAGCUCAAGUCGGCGGGACAUACGGGCCGCCAAGCCCAUACCAACAGCGCUUGCCGGGGCCGGGAAUCCAUCCAACUUCACAAACGUCGCCGCCGCCUCCACCGCCGCCGUCACUGCCCAGGCAUUCGAGUGUUCACAGCAUCCAGGACACUCGGAGUCAGGAAUCCGCCCGGACGCAGCAACAACAAAGCGACAGGGAACGAAGCGUUAGCGUGAGCCCAAAAACACGAGUCCCCAGUUUGCCAAGCAGCUCCGGUCGCCCCGGCACCUCGGUUUCUGAUCUUGAACCCUACGCGAACCAAGCCCAUACCGCUCCCACCAUGGCAGAACGCGCCGCCACACCAGCCAAACGGAAGCUUGACGACAGGGAACUACAACCGGAGGAGCUAGAAAAACGAGAGACACGACCGCCUCCGUUUGAAGAACAAAACGGACGUCCGACCCACUCCGAUCCCGGCGCCCCCAUGCAACGUCCAAUCAUGGCGAUGAAGGCCAUGAAACGAAGGGUGUUGUACCGGACCAUACCGGGAUGGGCAGAGUCGCGCAAGGAUCGGGCGCCCGCUCAACCUCACCGGGUUCUUUAUCAGCCGGUUCCGCAUUCCGGACCCCAAGUCAACGGCAAGGCCGACCGUCAACCGGAUCAGCCCGUCAAGGUUGAACGCUUGCAAAGUCGGCAUGCCUCGCCGGAAGAGAAACGCGCGGCGGCCCCAACCACACCGGCGGCGAGCGCGCCGUCGGACGCCGGCACUCAAUGGGGCCCGCUAGGACCAUGGGAGGCCAGCAUCACCAACUCGACAUUGGUGAAAUCCAAAGCCGCGGCGUCAAGUUUGAGAUCGAAAGCCAAACUCGGCAUGCUCGUCGACAAGAGCACUAAUCAACGAGUGGAACUUCCCGUUCAAUCGGAGUGUGUACUGAGCGACAACGGCAACUGGCUUGGGUUCCGGUCGAGUAUGACCGAGGUUCAACACAAGUCCUUCAACGGUUUUCUCAACUUCCUGGUGCAGCAAACGCACCCCGGAAAUAAAGCAGCCAACGCGGCACUACCCCGGCCGCGCCUACCCAUCGACUACCGCCACCGCCGCGAGGUCGAUAAGUUUUUUGAGCUGCCCGCCUCGGUCCGCGACCGCCUCCUACCGGUGUGUGUUGCGAAGCCCAUCGCCGCCAAGGGUCACAGCGUCAAGGUGCGAGUCUCGUACGACCAGAAGACCAACAAAGUCCUCGACAAGAUUAUCAAGGCGCGCAUUGCCGAUUUGAGCAUGCACUUCCCCGAUUUGCCUCUAGAUUGCCGCAUCAGCGUCAACCUAGAAAUGGACUGGGACGGUACGGUCGAGGACCUAGAGAAGAUGGCGAGUUCGACCGGACGCCCGCCUAUUCCGGCAAGGAUGAAGGACCGGCUAAGUUACAAACACGGGUGUUAUCAAAUCGAUCUGACCCAGGUUACGCAGAGCGUGGCGGGGGUUACCAAUACCCAGCGCACGGAAAAGGACCAUGAACUCGAGGUUGAAAUUGACCCGGCUCCCGUCAUUGAGCAGGGCCGGAGGGCCAUGGAGGGCCAGCCGCAUCAGUAUGUGGAGGUGGUGGACGGGCUGGUCAACAAUAUCAGGAUAUUGGCACGGAAAGCAAAGGAGUUUGCUGGGUAA